AUGUGUCAAUGGCGUGGCGGAAUUGGUAAAGAUUCUAUAUACGCUGAAAUGGUUUCAAGUACAAUGUAUUCAUCAAGUGAUUAUCCACUUGUUGAUGGUUUUACGAAUGCAAAUAAUCGACCAGAAGAACAACAAACUAAAAUCGAUACUAUCCUUGACCAUACAAUAGCAAAAAUGAUUGAUUUAACAUCAUUACGUGAUGUUAUUAGAACUAAUGAAACACAUGAUCAUAUUCUUGGUAAUCAAGCAUUACGUGAUUUUUCAUUUAAUGAAACACCAAGUAAUUCGUUUAUUGAUACAAUACAUGAAAGUUGUCUUGGACAAAUGGAUGAAAGUCAUGAUAAAUCAUCCUAUUCAAAUAAUGAUGAUGUAGAUAAUGAUGAUGGUUAUAAUCAUGAUGAAUUAGUACAUGCUGCUAUUGAAGAUCUUAACGAUGAUCCAUCACACUCAAAUGAAGUUUUUAAAAAUGCUUUAAGUGAAUUGAGUCAUCAAGAUCCAUCAAGUAUGAUUUCUAAUCUCGGAAAUUAUCAAUCACAACAAUCAUCUGAUUUCAAUCUUCCAGCUGCUGAUGAAAUUCUAUCAGCAUCAUUUAUGAGUACAAUAUCAUUUGCUGAUCAAAUGCCAAACUUAUUACAUUCAAAAGAUGUUCAAUCUGAAUACUCAUAUUUUGAUGCCGCUAAACUUAAACUUUUUGCUGGACCAAAUAUAUGGAAAUAUACAAAUUUACUUAAUACAACUAAAGCAGCAACAACAACAACAAAUACUUCAAUUAUUCAACAUCAACAAGCACCCGCGUUUCGUCAUAGAGUUAAUAGUGAAGUAGGAAAUCUUGGUAUAGUCGGUCCAAAACGAACUGUUCGUGUUGAUUUUUCUAAUCAAACAUUUAUUGAUCAAAUUAUGUUGGGUAUUAAUAAUGGACGAGAUAAAAAAUCUAUUGGAAUAUCUCAAAGUGCACUUAUAUUACGUAUGAGAGAAAAAAGUUUAAAUCAAAUGCAAUUAGCUCGAAAAUUACGUCCAUUAACUGAUCUAACUAAUUCACAUAAUUUUCCACAAUUAAAUUUUGAACGUUUACAUGUAAUUAAUCGUCUAAAUGAUAAGCAACAAGAACAUAUUCAACAACAUUAUAAUCAUGAUGAUAAUGAUGAUCAUGAUUUUCAUAUUACAAUUGAACAUCAUGAUGAUGAUGAAGACGCUCCAUUAGCAGCUAUGAAUUAUGAUUUCAUUCGUCCUGUUCAUUAUGAAAAAAUCGAAUUUGCUAAAGGUUCAACAUCAGUUAAUGCAAAAAAUUUAAAACGUCAAAUGAUUGAAGAAUUUAAACGACAAAAAAUUGAACAUCAACGUACUUUAUCACUUGAUACAAGUACAGCAAGUCAACAAUCAUCAUUAAAUCAUACUUCACAAGCAACUGUUGAAUUUUCAAUUCUAUGUGAAAAUCUUGCUGAUCAUGGUCAUUUAUCAGUACAAACAGAUUUAGCAUCAGCAUUUUAUUGUAUGUUAAUUAAUUGUAAUGAAAAUAAAUUAUAUAUGAAAAAUAAUUCCAAACGUGAUGAUAUAUUUAUACAAGAAUGUCCAUUUACUGAUCAACGUGAUCAUUCAAAACUUUCUUAUUCAUAUUCAAGUAGUUCAAAUCUAUCAACUACUUCACUUCUUGUUAAUUAA